AUGGCUUCGGGUUACUCUGUUCACGGCGGCGAAAGUCGCUGCUACAGCUUCUGGUUAGCAUUCAAACGUUGCAUGCUCGAGUCCUCGGAUAAAUCAGUGUGCUCGUCGUACCGUCAAGAUUACGAGGAGUGUUUACAUCACCGCAAGGCUAUCAAGCGGUUUAACGAGGUCGUUCGGGAGUACCAGCGUCGACAAGCUAACGGCGAAGAGCUUCCCCUGCCCGGGCAAAUGCCGACUGCGCCGGUGGAUGCCCAUGAAACGGGCUCUGCAGGGAGUGCACCCAAAGGCUCCGAUGGAAGCACUGCUCCUGAGAUUCCGCCUGAGGUCAUGACGCCCUAG